CGGUUUGAGCAUCGAGAGCGGCGGGGCGGCGAUUUGAACGCUGCGCUCGCUCACGGACAGCAGGGCUUCAUCGGAGCAGUCCGGUGGACCCUCAGACACGCGAAGAAGUCACAGCUCCGAGCUCGCGCACCGCCGCGAGCCAGAGGCUGCGAAACCAGUAGAGGCGCCAGCAGCCCAUGAAGACCGGCGGCAGCGGCGCCAUGUUCAACACGGGCGCGGCCGCGCGCGGCGGCUCGCCGCACAAGUUUGGUGAUCAGCGCUACGCGAGCAGCUCGUGCGGCGCCGGCGUUUUGAAAUAGACGCGCCCGCCCGAACGCCAGACGCAGCGCACGCGGCCAAACCGCAGCGCACGACGCCGCGCGCCACACGCGCGCCGCGGAGGACUCGCGGCAUAAACACGAGCCGCCGCGCCGGGGCCGGCGCGCCGGCCGCACGCCCGUGAAACCGCCGCGCCGGCCGCGCACGCCUCACUCAACACAGGUCCCUCAUCGACGGCGUCGAGGGCGGCCCGUCCAAGCCCUGCGAGGCCCCCGUACAAGCGACGCUCGUCCUCAAGGACGGGCAACGACUGGAGGGCACGUCCUUCGGCGCGAAGGUCAAUAGACCGGGAGAGGUCGUGUUUAACACCGGUAUGGUCGGCUACCCCGAAGCUCUGACCGACCCCUCCUACCGGGGCCAGAUUUUGGUAUUAACCUUCCCGCUCGUGGGCAACUACGGCGUCCCGUCCAUGGACACGAAGGACAGGUGGGACCUGCCCUUGUAUUUCGAGUCCGACGACGUCCAGAUCGCGGGCCUCGUCGUGUCGAACUAUUCCGCGGACCCGUCGCACUGGGCGUCGCAGCAGUCGCUGGGGAACUGGCUCGCGAAGGCCGGCGUGCCGGCCAUCUUCGGAGUUGAUACGAGAGCACUGACCAAAGGUUUAAGGGAGCGAGGUUCGAUCCUGGGCCGAUUGGAGGUCGAGGGCGCGCCGCCCAGUCCGCCGCAGGAAGUGGGCUUCGUCGACCCGAACCUGCGCAAUCUCGUGGCCGAGGUGUCUACCAAGUCAAUUAGAACGUACAAUCAGGGCGGCGACAAGCCGACGAUCGUCGCGAUCGACUGCGGCAUGAAGCACAACAUCGUGCGCUAUUUUGUGGAGACGCACGACGUGACGCUUAUUGUGGUGCCCUUCGAUUAUGAUUUGGAGAAGAACCCGUGCGUGGCCGGCGUCCCAGGUCAUGCGUCGCGUCGACGGCGUGGAGGUGGAGACAGGUCGCCGCGACGCCGUCGCCGCGGCCGCGAGAGAAGUCCUCAUGAGCACGAGAGCCGUCCGCGCGCGACGACCGUCUCUACAACACAGGGCGAACCUGAAGUGGGACGGCCUCUUCUGCUCGAACGGCCCAGGCGACCCCUCCCAGUGCAGGGAGACGAUCAAAUCGCUGCAGUGGGCCAUUUCCCGGGACGUCCCCAUCUUCGGCAUUUGUUUAGGCAACCAGCUCCUGGCCUUGGCCGCCGGCGCGAAGACCUACAAAAUGAAAUAUGGAAAUCGCGGCAUGAACCAGCCCUGCGUCGACCUGCGGACGACGCGGUGCUACAUCACGUCGCAGAACCACGGCUACGCGGUGGACGACCAGUCGCUGCCGGAGGGGUGGAAGGCUCUUUUUGUCAACGCGAGUGACUCAGAGUCCGUUUCCGACCGUUUCCGAACUUCAAGUACGCGUCGAUGGCGUCGGCGCGACGCGAUGACGCCGUGACGCUGUCGACGCGGCCGCAUGAGGUCUCACGAGAGGGCCGCGGCAGCUUCGCGACGCCGUCGUUCCGCGCAGGCCAACGACCGCAGCAACGAGGGCAUUAUUCACGUCUCGAAGCCCUUCUUUUCCGUGCAGUUCCACCCGGAGGCGGCCGGGGGCCCCUUCGACACGGCGUUUUUGUUUGAGGCCUUCGUGCGCCACGUGCGCGGGGCGGCGCCGCAGCUCACGCUGCUGGAUCCCGCCAUUUAUCGGAACGACCGCGCGUCGCUGAAGCGGGUGUUACUUGUGGGUUCCGGCGGUUUGAGCAUCGGCCAGGCGGGCGAGUUCGACUACAGCGGUUCGUAGCGGUGUCUUACGCCAUCGACGCGGUUUCGCGACGCGCGCGCCACGCAGGCUCCCAGGCCAUCAAAGCACUGAAAGAGGAGGGCAUCGAGGUCGUCUUGAUCAACCCGAACAUCGCUACCGUCCAAACUUCAAGGGAGGACGCUAGUUCGGUAGACGUCGAGAGACAUAAGAGCGAACCAAUUGCGGACCACGUCUACUUACUGCCGGUGACGGCGGACAACGUCCGACACAUUUUGGACAAGGAGAAGAAUAUUGAUGGUCAGCUCAGUGUCUGUUCAACGUGAGACCGUCUGACAGACACGACGCAGGUAUCAUCGUCUCCAUGGGCGGCCAGACGGCCCUCAACGUCGGGAUUGAGUUGUGGCGCAACGAGGACCUCCAGCGAAGAAAUAUCAGGGUCCUGGGCACGAAGAUCGACGCCAUCGUGGCGACCGAAGAUCGCGAAAUCUUUUCCACGAAACUGAGGGAGAUCAACGAGACGCUGGCUUUAUCUUACCCAGCUACGACGGUGGAAGGAGCGCUGGAGGCCGCCCAUAAAAUCGGCUAUCCCGUGUUGGUGCGGGCGGCGUUCACUUUGGGAGGCCUCGGGUCGGGCUUUGCCGAAAACGACGCGGAGUUGCGGCACGAUCUCGGCGUUUUGAAGUGUUUUGGUGCCUUCCAUGUGACUCGUGCCCAUCUUACGAUGACGUGGGUGGUCUCUGGUCCAAUUUUGAGCUCCGCGCAGGGACCUCGCGGUGCGCGCGCUCGAAGGUGGCUCUUCGACGACGAAGCAGAUCCUCAUCGACCAGGACCUGCGGGGCUGGAAGGAGGUCGAGUACGAGGUAUGCGUCGGUGUCCUGUGGCCUUCUUACGCCAUCGACGCGACUCGUCUCCGUCAGACGAGGUCUCGGGUCCGAAUUUGGGCCGAUUCGGACCACACGGUCGCCUCGAUGCGAGAGCAAUCUUCAUGGGUCGCAGCGAUAGCGUGGGGCUUCUACGCCAUCGACGAGACUCGUUAGAGGCCUGGGACCACGUGCAGACGCGUUCACGUCGCGGCGGUGGCGUCACGCGACACGCGACCGCAGGUCGUCCGCGACGUGCGGGACAACUGCAUCACGGUCUGCAACAUGGAGAACUUCGACCCGCUGGGGGUCCAUACGGGCGAUUCGAUUGUGGUCGCGCCCUCCCAGACAUUGUCGAACCGCGAGUACUUCAAGCUCCGUUCAACGGCCCUGAAGGUCAUCCGGCACAUCGGCAUCGUCGGCGAGUGCAACAUCCAGUACGCGCUGGAUCCGAAGACGGAGCGCUACUGCAUCAUCGAGGUCAAUGCGAGACUCUCUCGUUCUUCAGCCUUGGCCUCGAAGGCUACGGGCUACCCCCUCGCUUAUGUGGCCGCGAAGCUCUCUCUAGGCCAAGAUCUUGUCAGCAUCAGAAACAGCGUGACGGGGACCACCACAGCUUGUUUUGAACCAUCAUUAGAUUAUUGUGUGGUGAAGAUGCCGCGCUGGGACAUGAGAAAGUUUUUUGUCGGUGUCAGAAACUUCAACUUCGUGAAGAUGGCGCGACGAGGCACGCGCGACGCGUCGACGCCGUCGAGGCGGCCGCCACAGAGUCCCCACGCCUCGCGAGCGAGCCUCGGGACCGCGGUAUGCCUCGAAUCGGCCCGAAAUCGACGAAGAGACCACGUACGCAUGCCGACGCGACGCGCCUCGCCACGCAGGUUCCAGCGCGUCGACACGCGCCUGGGCUCCGGCAUGAAAAGUGUUGGAGAGGUCAUGGCCAUCGGGCGCAGCUUCGAGGAGGCGCUGCAAAAGGCCGUGCGCAUGGUGCGACCCGGUUCUAGAGGUUUGGAAGGUUUCGAACUCCAACAAGCUCUUAUAGGGGACGAGCGCGAAACACCUGGAGACGAUUUAGCGAAGCGACUGCGAGUCCCGACCGAUCAAAGAUUGUUCGCCGUGCAAGCGGCGUUCGAGCGGGGUGUCCCGCUGGAGACGGUCCACGAUCUUACAAGAAUCGACCGGUGGUUCCUGAGCAAGAUGCGUAGGAUCGCAAGACUGAGAGCCGCGAUGGAGGGCAUGUCUGAUGUGGGCGAUUUAGAUCUAAGAGCGCUGCGCAAGGUGAAGCAGGCCGGUUUUUCGGAUGACCAAGUAGCUCAUUAUACGAAUUGUCUUCCCGAUCGGGCGCGAAGACAUCGCUUAUCUUUGAAUUUGAGACCCGUCGUCAAACAAAUUGAUACGUUGGGCGCCGAGUUCCCGGCCUGCACGAAUUAUCUUUAUAUGACGUACCACGGGGACCAGAGCGACGUCGAGCCGGAGGACCGGGGCGUCAUGGUUUUAGGAUGUGGCGCCUACUGCAUCGGGUCGUCCGUCGAGUUCGACUGGUCCGCGGUGUCGUGUGUGAGGCAGUGCCGCGCGUCGGGCUACCGCGCGGUCGUCGUGAACUACAACCCGGAAACUGUCAGUACGGACUACGACGUCUCGGACCGCUUGUACUUCGAGGAGCUGUCUCUGGAAAGAGUGUUGGACAUCUACGAGCAGGAGCAGGCCUGGGGGCUCGUCGUGUCGGUGGGCGGCCAGAUCCCCCAGAACCUGGCCAAACCGCUCCACGACCGCGGCGCGCGCGUGCUAGGUACAAGUCCAGAUGAUAUCGACCGAGCUGAAGACCGGCACAAGUUCUCGUCACUCUUGGACGACCUCGGCGUGGACCAGCCGCCCUGGCGCGAGUUGCAGUCCGUGAAGGACGCGCAGGCCUUCGCGGCGGAGGUGCAAUAUCCCGUCCUCGUCAGACCCUCGUUCGUUUUAAGUGGCGCGGCGAUGAAGGUCGCGACGUCCGACUCCGAGCUCGCCGCGUUUCUGGGGGACGCCGCGGACGUCAGCCCGGACCACCCCGUCGUCGUCUCGAAGUUUAUUCGCAACGCGAAGGAGAUCGAGUUCGACGCGGUCUGCCGCGACGGCACGAUCAUGAACUACGCGAUUUCGGAGCAUGUGGAAAAUGCUGGGGUCCAUUCCGGCGACGCCACUUUGGUCUUACCGGCCCAGAAGCUCUACGUGCAAACUCAAAAACAGGUGAAGCGCGCCGCCGCCAAGAUCGCCGAAGCGUUGAACAUUUCGGGCCCCGUCAACAUCCAGUUCAUGGCUAGAGAUAACGACGUCAAGGUCAUCGAAUGUAAUUUGCGGGCCUCGCGGUCCUUCCCCUUCAUCAGCAAGACGAUGAACUGCAACUUCAUCUCGCGCUGACUCAGCGUCUUUUCCGAACUUCAAGGUGCAUGAAAUGCGACCGUAUGGCCACGCCGCGACGCCGCGAGAAUGACCAGAGACGGUUUCGCGACGGUCUCAUGAAAACGCAGGCUCGCGACGCGCGUCAUGCUCGGCCAGAACGCGCGGCCCUUCCAGAUCACGACCAUGGACAUCGACUACGUCUGCGUGAAAGCGGCCAUGUUCUCGUUCUCUCGUUUACGAGGGGCGGACCCGAUCACGGGCGUCGAGAUGGCGUCGACGGGCGAGGUGGCCUGCAUGGGCGCCGACGUGUACGAGGCCUACUUGUACGCCUUGGAAGGGAGUUGUGUGAAGAUUCCCACGAAGAAGCAGGCCGACGAAGGCAAGACGGUGUUCCUCUCGAUGCACUCGCCGGGAAAUUUCGCGGAAGAGGCCGCGAAGCUGGCGUCUCUAGGCUUUACAUUGGUUGGGAGUCCGGGCACGGCGAAGGCGCUGCGGCUGCGCGGCGUGCCGAUCGAGGACAUUCCUUCGAGUACCGCUAGUGACUGGGCCCCGGCCGCGAUUGAACUGUUGAAGUCUGGUGAUGUGGUGUUCUGCAUCAACGUGCCCUCUUCGGAUAAACUCAAUCAGAUGGCUGACGACCCUUCUGCCGAGACCAAUGGUUACAGAUUGCGGACGGGGGCCAUCGCGUUUGGUGUGGGCCUGUGCACGAACGAGAAAUGCGCGGCGUUGUUGGUGGAGUCCUUGGCUCGCAAAUUUGCCAAACCAGAUGGUUCGUACGGCGUGCCGCGGCACCUGGACGAGUACUACGCCGGCGCGUUCUAGGACGUGUCGAAGAGAUCCCCCUCCCCUAUCCCCCUGAGUAACUAGCCCCUUUAACCGU